GAAGAAGACAUCGAAACAACUGUGUUGAGAUUUUGAGCCGAGAUUGCGUCUCAGCCGGAAUCGUACAAUGGCGGUAGGAAGAUGAAGGUGAAGGUUCGUCUUUCCUCGACUCGAAAAUUCAUUUUGACGCUCGAGGACGAGACUCUGGGCGCUCUCAAGGCUCAGAUCAGGAAGUUCGUCCUUGAAGCUUACCAGGAGGAUGUCAGGGAGCCGCUGGCUGUCAGCCUCAACGGCACAGAUGCCCUGGUUGGCGGGGAUGACACCCGCCUGGCCAGUCUGGGGGUGGUGCCAGGGGACCUGCUGACUGUGCUGCAGCCCAGCUCUGGCAAGCAGGAGCCCCCUUCAGCUGCACCUCCACAGCGUCCCACAGCCCCCAAGGAAUGCCCCAAAGCCAAACAGAAGACACCCGACCCACCCCCAGCCACCCCUCCUGCACCCACACCACCCCUGGCCAGCCCUCCUGCAGCCAUCCCUGCCCCAGCCAAGCCCUGUGGGGCAGAGGUUGGAGGGGCAAUGAAGGAUGGGGAGGACAGGUGGCCGAGGGAGCCGCUGACAGAGGCGGUGGACGGGACAGCCCCCCCGGUCUUGGAGGAGCUAUUGGGGCAGUGUGGGCCGGCAGGGCUGAGUGGUGCCCUCAACCUGGUGCUGCACCUCACCAUGCUGGAGUGUGGCUUCCAGCUGGAUGGGGUGCCGCACCCUCCCCCAGGCUGGGCGGAGGCUGUGGCGGUGUUCCCGUACCGCAGCACGGCACACCACGCCUUCCGCUGCAAGCUGGUGCUGAUGGACGUGGGCUGGAACAAGCAGGUGAUGGCCAGCUUCCCGGAGCAGGCCGGGGAGGUGAAGCACAGCCUGGCCAUGGCCGACCACCUCAGGGGCCCUGCCAGUGGCCACGUGCUGGCCAAGGACCUGGUGGGGGUUGCCCAGCUGUCCCGGCAGUUGCGUGAUGCUGUGCUGCUGCCGCUGCAGGUGGCGGCCCAUCAGGCACUGGGGGUACCGGCACCGUGGCACCUGGCAGGCCUGCCUCAGGAGCUGGUGCUGGCCGUGGCCGCCCUUCUGGACUACAGGAGCGUGGUGGCACUGGCCAGCACCUGUCGGCGCCUGCAGGCUGUUCUGGCCGAUGACCGGCUGUGGCGUGACCUGUACUGCAGAGACUUCCCCGGCCAGGAGGAUGGGGCCACCCCAGUUGGAGGGGACUGGCGGACCAAGUACAGACAGGCCGAGCUGAACCGCAGGGAGCGAGAACGUCUGCUGAAGGAGGGACACUUUGUGGUGCCCGGCGUGUACCCACACAGCCCCUUCCUGCCCACGGUCCCUGGCCAGCCCAUGCCCUUCCAUCCACGUCCCAAUCCCUUCCUGGACCCAGACAGCCCUUACUUCCAGGGGGAGGUUCCUCAUAUGCCAGGGGUGUACCCAGACCUGCCUGAUCCCUUGGGACCCGGGGGACCCCUGGGGCCACUGCACCCAGGCCGGCCCCACCAGCCACCCUUCAUGCCAGGCCGUCCCAGGAAUCCUAGGGGGCCCAGGUUUGACUUCUUCAUGUGAAAAAACUGCUGAGCAGCAGCAGGCAUGCUGGGGCAGUGUGGUGUGCAGGUGCAGGCCGGGGAUAUAUGUGUACUAAAGCUGCAGUUGUGUGUGCAUGAAUGUGUGCAUAUUACUGUAUGUUGGGCGCCCACACAGGUGAUAUAAGAGCAGGGCAGCAGGUGACACCCUGCAGUGAUGGAGAUAGCCAGGCCAGCCACGGCUCCCUUACCCCAACAGGCUUGGGAACCAGGAAUGGGGAGCCUCGCCACCCUUGAUGCAGCACACACCAACACAUGGACAGCUGCUGGUGUUGUCUGUGCUGUGGGGUGCCCUGCAGGAGACAUUGUAAGGACUUGUGUGGGAGAAUUAAGUGUGGCUUCAUAUUUACUCUGUAAAGCUUCCCCUGCUCAUUUAUAUAAGCUUGACUGUCACAACUUUCAUUUCUGCCCCUCCAGCACAACACAGGACAGGAAGAGAAGCAUUAUUGUUGUGGAAAGGAGUCAGAUUACACACCCAUUGUUCCUUGCUGAGAGAUUGGAAGUGUAGCAUUAUAUUGCUGACUGUCAUUUCUUUCCCUCCACCACACAGCACACAAGAAAGAAAAGAUUGAAGUAUUGGUUUUACGAGUAUACUCUUUAUAAAGUUUUCCCUUGACUUUUUUAGUUUCUAAAGGUUUGCUACUGGGUUGUGAAAGACCUGAGUGAGAUGGCUUUUGUCUCUUUGCUCCCGGCACUCAUCAGACGACCACCUGUCUUAGUGAGAAAUGCUGGAGUGGCAUUUUAUAUACUGUAUUAUGUAGUGUGUGUGUGUGCGCUUUGUUAUCAGCCACACACACUUGUAGGGCUGCUGAUGAUAGACAGAAGAUGCAAAAUUGAUUUAUUCUUUAUAACUUUAUUUACACUUGUUAAUUAUAUGUCUUUUCAUUUACACAAAAACAUACACAAAGGUUCCAUUCACAUUGUGGAAAAAUUAUGGCUGUUUCUUGUCCUCAUCUAUCUUACACACACACACACACACACACACACAGUAGUUUCUCUCUCAUCAUAGAAAAUUUACAGCAGUUUCUAUUCCUCAUCUGCCAACACACACACACACACACAUAAUAAUUUUCACUCAUUGUACAAAAAAUUAAUUAGUUUUUUUCAUCCUUGUCUAUCUUACAAACACAAGAAGAUCCACUCAUAUAUGAAAAAAAUAAUGCUUUGUUGCCCUUCUUAACUACCUUACACACACACACACACACACACACACAGCAAUGGUUCCACACUCACACCAUACAAAAGUACAUCUCUCGUGGCACCAGGUACACCCUCCAAUUAUCACAUCAGUGCCAGGUGUAGUGUGCCUCAACCCUUCCAUGGCUGGUCAUUGCCUCGUUCCUGGUUCAUUAACUGCUCUAAGACAUUUCCCCUUGUUCUGCUGCCACCUCGUACCAUUGCACUGGCUGGGAAGUUUAUAAUACAUUUGUUUCUUUGUUUUCUUUGAUGUUUAUAAAGAUUUCAUUGUUCUUGGUGGUGUGAAUUGCUGAGUGCUGUGCUGUGGGUUCUUCCAUUACUUGUCUUGCUCCUCGCAGCUCACUAGACGCUUCACACUCCUGGAAAACCUUGGAAUGAGGAAAUAAAAGCAAGGAGAAAGAAAGAAAGGGUAAUAAUUGAAACUGUGUGACGGAAACAAGAGGAAGGAGAAGGAAAAGUAAUAGUUGUUGUUUCAUUGCAUGCUACUGAUUUGUUCUUUGUUGUACUGGUCUCUCUCUCUCUCUCUCUCUCUCUCUCUCUCUCUCUCUCUCUCUCUCUCUCUCUCUCUCUCUCUCUCUCUCUCUCUCUCUCUCUCUCUCUCUCUCUCUCUCUCCAGUUUUUAUUGUGUUUUAUUCAUUUAUUCCUCACCUUGGCUUCUUUCAAACUUCACUUAUUUUUCAAUGUUCAUUCAAUUUUUACUGUGCCUUUUUUUUUUUUUUUUUUUUUUCUCUCAUUUUGUCUCUUCAAACUCUACUGCUCUUUUAUUCUUUCUUUCAUUUCUUUUUACUAAUUUAUUACUUAUUUUCUCCAUUUUCAAAGCAGUGUACUUAUUUCUCAACUUGCAUUUCCUUUCACAGAUUUAUUUUUCAUUUUGUCCCUUCAAACUUUACUGGUCUUCCUGUUCUUCUGUUUUAUUGAUCCAUUUUUAAUAUUGCUUUUCAAACCAGUUACUCUUCAACUUUCACUCCAUUUUACAGAGCUGCUCUUCAUCCUGCUCUAUUAUUCUCCAAAUUUCAUUAAAUUUUAUGUAUAUAUUCUUUCUCUUGUCUCCUUCAUUAAUCUCAAUAUUGUUCACUUUCCUAAUUUAUUCUUCAUCUUGUCUUAUAUUCUUUGUCUUGUCUCCUUCGUUAAUCUCAAUAUUGUUCACUUUACUAAUUUAUUCUUCAUCUUGUCUUAUAUUCUUUGUCUUGUCUCUUUCAUUAAUCUCAAUAUUCACUUUACUAAUUUAUUCUUCAUCUUGUCUCCUUUUCAAACUUCACAGCUCCAUUAUUCAACUAUACAAUUUCAGACUUAUUCUUUGUCAUGCAGGAACAGGUAGCAUAAAUUUCCUGCAUUGACUAAACCACAUGAUCAUUAAUCUGGACUGUCACGAUGCACUGGCUUUCCUUCACAGCCAAGCACAGGAGAGGCUGGACCACCUUUUACUCCUCUUUGUCACAUAGGAAUAGGUGUGUGAACUUCCUGUACUGACUCAUAUAUAAACUGUGUGAUAAUUAACCUGGUCUAUCAUACUCUCCCAGGCCUUAUGUAUUCAAGAUUUAUACUACACUAUUAAAGAAGGAAAAGGA